AUGGCUACCCGGACAACAUCACAAAAUAUUGUCACUCUCUUUCCCACUUCCUUUCUUUUAUUUUCUUUCUUUCUUUCUUUCUCAUUCUGCUCAUUAUCUAUCUAUCUAUCUACAUUAUUUACAUUAUUCGGACUAUUGAUAUCUAUCCAUCUCAGCCUGUUCAUUAUCUAUCUAUCUAUCUAUUUUAGUUUCUUAAUAUCUAUCUAUCUAUCUAUCUAUCUAUCUAUCUAUCUAUCUCAGCCUUUUCUUAAUAUCUAUCUAUCUAUCUAUCUAUCUAUCUAUUUUAGUUUCUUAAUAUCUAUCUAUCUAUCUAUCUAUCUAUCUAUCUAUCUAUCUCAGCCUAUUCAUUAUCUAUCUAUCUAUUUUAGUUUCCUAAUAUCUAUCUAUCUAUCUAUCUAUCUAUCUAUCUAUCUCAGCCUGUUCAUUAUCUAUCUAUUUUAUUUCUUAAUAUCUAUUUAUCUAUCUAUCUACCAAUCUAUCUAUCUAUCUAUCUAUCUAUCUAUCUAUCUAUCUAUCUAUCUAUCUACUGAACGCACGUACAUAUACAAAUACAGAUAUUGGGCUAUUGGCAGAAAUGUAUUCCUUAUUGCUUUUAUUGAUCUGUUAUUUCCAUGUUGGUUGACGACCACAAUUAUCUCUUUCAGUGUUAAGAGAAAUACUUGUCCCUCAACUGUCAACAUAUUUAUUUUUGGUCAGAGAAUUUUGUUCAUUAUCUAA